CUCUGAGCUCAGGUGGGUCUGCAGCGACAGCAAUGAGGAUGAAGCGCCUCUCAUCUCUGGAGUUUCUACUCUCCGUCGUCUCAGCUCUUCUUUUGCUCUGCUGCCUCGCUCUCAUCGUCUUCUGCUGGAUUAGCCUGAAGCCCGGAGGUGCCGUUGAGCCAGCAGUGCAGAGCGGCCGUAUGCUGAUCACAGAGGGAGUGUUUUAUUCUGAAGAGCUAAAGAACUCCAGCAGUCAGCGGUUCAAAUCCCUGGCCUAUGACGUCCAACACCUGGUAUCGGAGGCGUUCGGUCACAGCCAGCUCAAACAGCACUUCCUGUCCUGCAAGGUGUCCUCCUUCAGCCAGGGCAGUGUGGCAGUGACCUUUGACCUAUGGUUCAAUCAGCUGAUUGACCUGAAGGAGGUGGAGCAGCAGCUGGGGGCGGGGCUUCAGGAGGCCGGAGGCACCGGAUUGGUCAUCGAUCGAAACAGCAUCCAGAUCACCGAGCAACAGGACGUAACGACGGCUGCCCCGACAGGUGAGACGAGUGUCUCUGCGACAGCGGGCGAGACAAGCGUCUCUCCGACGGCAGAGACCUGUCCUCCUCUGCAGACGUCCUGUGCCGAUCCAUCCCUCUGCAUCCCGAUCGGUCGGCUCUGUGACGGACAGCAGGACUGUCCCGAUGGCUCGGACGAAUACAAGGCUCUCUGUGCCACGGCGUGUGACGGACAGUUCGUCCUGAUUGGUCCGAGUGGCUGGUUCAGUUCGGACGUCUCAGAGACGCACAACAGCAGCAAAUUCUGUCGCUGGAUCAUCAGGCUGGACCGAGGACUCUCUGUCCAGAUCCACUUCCUCCGGUUCCACACUGAGGAGAACAAGGAUCGACUGAAGCUCUACGAAGGGGUCGGAGCGGACAGACAGCUCAGAGCUGAGCUCUCAGGCUCUGCCCCCCCAGGGACCGUGUGGCUUUUCAGCGACCAAUCGAUGAUGGAGUUCAUCUGUGAUGAUGUCAACAACCUGUCGGGGUUCAAUGCCACCUUCAGUGCAGUCGACACCUCCCUGCUCUCCAACCAGCAGAAGCUGACCUGUUCCUUUGAGCAGGGCAUGUGUUUCUGGAGGCAGCAGGAUGAUGAAGAUGAUGGAGACUGGUAUCGAACCAGCGGUUCCACUUUCCCCCCCCUCAGCGGCCCUAGUGCCGACCACACACUGGGCAACAGCUCCGGGUUCUACAUUGUCACUCCUCGGAGUCCUGGCCAAUGGCUGAAGAGCUUCAGGAUCCACAGCCUCCCUUUGACCCCACACACUGAACCCAUGUGUCUGAGCUUCUGGUAUCACAUGUUUGGCGAGGAUGUGCACCGUCUCCGGGUGCUGCUGGAGGACCUGGGCGUUACCGUGGUGUUCCAGAGAGAUGGUAACUAUGGCGACAACUGGAACUACGGUCAGGUGAUGCUGCACCUGACGAAGGAGACCAAGGUGGUGUUCGAGGCUCUGAAGGAGGGCGGCAUGGAGAACGACAUCGCUCUCGAUGACAUCAAACUGACCUCUGACCCCUGUGGCCCCAGCCCCCCUGAACCAACCAAUGUCCCGCCUCCAACAACCAAGACACCUAUACCAGCUGACUGUGGAGGACCCUUUGAUCUCUGGGAGCCGAACUCCACCUUCAGCUCUCCAAAUUUCCCACAAUCCUACGGGAACAAAGCUCAGUGCCGGUGGACGCUGCACUCCGCCGCUGGUCGGAACCUGGCGCUGCACUUCCUGGACUUUGACGUGGAGGCGGGGUAUGAUGUGGUGGAGGUGCGGGACGGAGCGGGGCUUAACUCCACCUUACUAGCCGUCCUUAGCGGCAGCUCUGGCCCCGCCCGCACGCUGUUCUCCACAGCCAAUCAGAUGACGGUGUGGUUUUAUACCGACGAGUCAGGGCACGGGAGGGGCUUCAGAGCCAACUUCAGCUCUGGGUUCGACCUGGGGUCACCAGCUGGGUGUGCGGAGGGUCAGUUUCAGUGUCGGACAGGAAGUUGUAUCCAUGGAAACGGUCAGUGUGACGGCCAGGCAGAAUGUCCGGACGCCUCCGACGAGUCCCACUGUGUUAUGAACACGUCCUCUCGUCUCCAGUUCCAGCGUGUGUCCUCUCGUCUCACGGUGUGUUCUGACACCUGGAGUCCUCACCUGUCUGUGUUUACCUGUCAAUACCUGGGAUACAGGUCGGGGGGGGCUCAGCUGCUGCCGGCCCGGGUGGAGGACUCUCCUUUUACUUGGAUCAGCGAGAGCAACGGGACGCUGACCCUCAGAGAGACGAACACCUGCAGCCGGGAGGAAGUGGUUUCUCUGAACUGUGACAACCAGCCUUGUGGAGUUCGACAGAUGACUAACAACACCAGAGAAACGUACCAAUCAGGAGAGAGGACACCUGACCCCGGUGAGGUUAGGGUGGUGGGCGGGGUUAGUGCAGUGAAGGGGGCGUGGCCUUGGAUUGUGUCUCUGCAUUGGGCGGGGCGUCACUUGUGUGGAGCCUCUGUGAUUGGCCCAGACUGGCUGCUGACCGCGGCACACUGUGUGUACGGGAAGAACGUGCAGCUCAACGCCUGGUCCGCAGUCUUCGGUCUCCACUCCCAGAGCGACUCCAGCACCGCUCAGACCCGACGAGUCGAUCGCAUCGUGAUCAACAGGAAGUAUGACCGGAGGAGCAAAGAGGCCGACAUUGCUAUGAUGCACCUGCAGGAGCCAAUCAGCUUCAGCCGGUGGAUCCAGCCACUGUGUUUACCCUCUGAAGGACAGGACGUCCCGAUAGGAAGCUGCUUCCUCGCAGGCUGGGGCCGCGACGCCGAGCAGGGCUCCCUCCCUGACGUCCUGCAGGAGGCGCUGGUUCCCCUGGUCCCCCCCCCUCAGUGUGAGCAGCAGCUACCUGAAUACACCAUCACCUCCAGCAUGCUGUGUGCCGGGUAUCCAGAGGGGGGGGUGGACUCCUGCCAGGGAGACUCUGGGGGUCCUCUGAUGUGUCUGCAGGACGGACGAUGGACUCAGAUUGGUGUGACGUCGUUCGGGGUUGGUUGUGGACGCCCUCUGAAGCCAGGUGUGUACGCUAGAGUGUCGGCCUUCACCUCCUGGAUCGCACAGACCCGCAGAUCCUCUCCUUAAUAAUGUUCCUAAUGCUUUUAUUUUGAGUGAUUAACUCUGUAGUCUGUGUCAUCAUGGUUUCAUGUUGUGACUUUGAUGGAUUAUUAAUAAAGUUUACAUUUUUACAUGUUAUAAGGUUCAUUAAAUAUACUGUAUCUUAAUUCAAAUAUAUAAUAAUCAGUUUAGUAUUAAAUAAACACAAACCUG